AUGCUUGCAACCAUCGUUAUUUCCCUUGCGGCGUUGCCUGCGACCUUGAUCAUCUGGUCUUUGAUCACCCUCAAUACAAAUCUGAAUAAAGCACGCGCGAUAGGGCUUCCGAUUCUCGUACGCUACGUCACACCAACCAAUCCACUAUGGAUGGUCUUCGGCAGCAACCUCGUCCGACUAGCUCGCCGGUUUGGACUCGCGACAGAACAUUUUGAUCGAUUUUAUCUCUUUGGAUGGGACGCAAAUGAGCGAUACCGGGUCCAUGCAGACUUUGGCGACACGUUCACACUAGUAUCGCCUGGUGGAAAUUGGAUCUACAUCUCUGAUCCGAAGACUGCCUGGGAUGUACUGAGACGGCCUCGCGACUUUGGUCAUAACGUUGAACAAAUUGCAGUUCUGAAUGUCUAUGGGAAGAAUUUAUCAACAACGGAAGGACAUGAGUGGCAGAAGCACCGCAAGGUCACUGCAGCUACAUUCACCGAAAGAAACAAUGAGCUUGUGUGGCAGGCUUCACUUACACAAGGCAAUGGGAUGCUCGACUACUGGCUUCAUCGCGCUCCACGGCCAAUCAGAAGCGUGGCAGACGAUUGCAAGACAUUAACUCUCAACGUAUUGGCGGCUGCGCUCUUCACGAAGCCGUAUCCAUUCGAGGGACAGGAGGAGAUGAAGAAGCGCCAUGCUAGGUCAGUCGACCAAUCAGACGACUCUCACCAAUAUCGGGAUUCAUUUUCGAAGAUUCUUCGUGGCAUUAUUCCUAUUGCUAUAUUCGGUGGGGAAGCUCUAAGAAACUCAUCCUGGAUCCCAACCUCAAUGAAGGAAGUGGGCGAAGCCGUUGAGAGCUUCCGAUCGUAUGUUCUCAAUAUGAUUGAAGAAGAGAGAGACAACAUUCAGAAGAACGUAUCGGCUCGCAAGGAUCUGGUCUCAUGUUUAGUGCGAGCGUCGAUGGCGCAGCAAAACGAUGGCCGCGACAUGACCAUCACAGAGCAGGACAUCAUCAGUAACACAUUUAGUUGGCUCCGCGAGGAAAUCCGACACUACUGCGAAGAUGAUGACUACAAUAAGUGGUCUUACGCCACGUGGACGAAGCUAAAACGAUGCCAAGCUGUAGUGAUGGAAACUCUGCGACUCUGCCACCCACUCGGUUCAUCGUCGAAGCUAACUAAAGACGCAUGCACUCUGACGGUGGGAGCCAAUACAUACACUAUCCCACCGCACUAUAACGUGCAGGUCAACUUCUGUGCCCUACACACCAAUACAACUGUCUGGGGUAACACUGCGAUGGCCUGGGACCCAAAGCGUUUUAUCGAUAUUGGAGAAGUUAAAGGCACACACGAGAUUGAGGCAGAGCAAUUUCACGUUUUUGCAGACGUGUGUCCUGGAAAGCGAUUCUCGCAAGUAGAACUUUCUGCUGUCCUCGCAAUACUGUUUCGAAACCAACAGCUUGAGCCUGUGCCGGAGACAGGAGAAUCUGCUACGGAGUCUAGGCAGAGAGCUCAGCGAAUCUCCCUUGACAUCCAGAUGACACUGCUGAACGAAAUGUAUCAACCAGAACGACUUGGUCUGAAGUGGGUAAAGGUGGACGGAGACCGUUGA